AAAAGAAAAAGUUGAAAAUUGCCCAAAAAAGGUGUGUUUUAAGGGUCCCCAGUUUGACUUUGAGUGGGUGUUUUGACUGCUUUAAGAGGUUGGGUUUUAGGUAUGAUCCUAUUCCCACCAUCAACUCUUGAAAAGCUCAUGUUCUAAUGUUUCUCCACGGUUUAUAUAUUUGAUAAAGCUAGAAACUUUGUCUUUGAAUCUUACUUGUACUUUUAAAGUCUGAUUCUUUCUGAUGGGUUUGUACUGUUCUCUAUGAAGUGAUCGUUUUUCCCCUACCAACCCAACUCCCAUGGAUCCUCAUAGAGAACCCACAGAGAAGAAACAAGGAGACGUAGUGUUACUGAUCUCAGGAGAGGAACAACCCAAUUCCAAAGGCCUAAAGAUUGAAUCUUGUGAAGAAGCCUCAACCAAUAAACCCCAAUCCCCCACCCCUGAAAUUGUACUGAAGUCAAGCCCUAGCCCGGGCAAACCCCCGAGAGCCAGACGAUCCGAAACCCUAGUUCGUCGGAAAUCGAUCCCCACAUCUGCAUUCUCAAAACCCAAAUCGAGGUUCGUCGAGCAAACCGUGCCCGUGGCCAACCCAAUCCACGAUGCGUCGAGCUCAACCUACAUUGGGUCCCCAAACCCUAGGGCUUCGGGGACUCCAAAGACCCCGAAAGAUGAUGAUGAAGAAGAUGAAGAGGAGGAGGAGGAAGAGGAGGUUUACAAAAGCGAACAAUCAAGCAAUGGCAAAGUUAGGAGAAGGAAAAUUAGUGUUUGGAAUUUGAUUGAAUGGUCCAUACUGGUUUUGUCUAUUGCAUGCUUUGUCGCCAGCUUGUUGGUCAAAAAAUUGGAGGGAUACGUAAUUUGGGGGUUGGAGAUUUGGAGGUGGUGCUUAAUGAUUGCUGUAGUUUUCUGUGGGAGAUUGGUCACUAAUUGGCUUAUUCACAUUCUAGUGUUUGCUAUUGAAAGGAAUUUCCUUUUGAAGAAAAAAGUUCUCUACUUUGUGUAUGGAUUGAAGAAGAGUGUUCAAAUCUUUAUGUGGUUAUUUCUUAUUCUUCUCAGUUGGUCUUUCGUGUUCCAUCAAGGAGAUCGUAGAUCACCCAAAACCAAAAAAGUUGUCUUUAUUGUGUCUCGGUUGUUAUUUUCGCUCCAGCUCGGGUCACUGAUUUGGGUAAUAAAAACCCUUUUGGUGAAGAUAUUGGCUUCUUCAUUUCACAUGAACCGGUUCUUUGAUAGAAUUCAAGAAUCGAUAUUUCAUCAAUACAUACUCCAGACCCUUUCGGGUCCUCCAUUAAUGGAAUUAGCUGAGAAAAUUGGGACUGCGACACAUCCAGGGCAAAUGAGCUUUAGAAGUAACAGGAAAGGGAAAGGAAAGGGGAAAGAGAAGCAAGAAGUGAUUGAUGUUUCAAAGCUUUAUAAAAUGAAGCAAGAAAAGGUGUCAGCUUGGACAAUGAAGGGGUUGGUUAAUGUGAUUAGUGCUACAGGGCUCUCAACAAUUUCUAAUACUAUUGAUGAGAGCUUUCAGGAGGAAGAGCAGAGGGAGAUAACUAGUGAAUGGGAAGCAAAGCUAGCAGCGUAUCGGAUAUUUAAGAACGUUGCAAGGCCUGCUCACAAGUACAUAAAUGUUGAGGAUCUCCAAAGGUUUUUAAGCAGGGAGGAGGUGGAGUAUCUGCUUCCAUUUUUUGGAGGAGCUGCAGAGACUGGAAAGAUCAAGAAAUCUGCUUUGAGAAAUUGGGUGGUGAAAGCCUACCUUGAUCGCAAAUCUCUUGCACAUUCCUUAAACGACACCAAAACUGCAGUCAAUCAAUUGCACAAACUUGCAACAGCCGUUGUUAUCAUUGCAGUUUUUGUCAUCACUCUGAUAUUAACAGGCAUUGCAACAACCCAAGUGCUUGUUUUUAUCUCCUCUCAGCUAUUGUUGGUGGUUUUUAUGUUCGGAAACUCUUGCAAGAUGGCAUUCGAAGCUAUCAUAUUUGUAUUUGUAAUGCACCCUUUUGAUGUUGGUGAUCGUUGUGUUGUUGAUGGAAUACAGAUGAUAGUAGAAGAGAUGAAUAUAUUGACUACUGUUUUCCUGAAAUUUGAUAAUGAGAAGAUCUACUAUCCGAACUCUGUCUUGGCAACAAAACCAAUCAGCAAUUUCUAUAGAAGUCCAGAUAUGAGUGAUGCUGUGGAAUUCUCUGUUGAUAUUUCGACUUCGGUGGAGAGCAUUGGAGCUCUGAAGUCUAUGAUCAAGAUGUACAUUGAUAGCAAACCAAAUCACUGGCAUCCUAAUCACAGCGUUGUGGUCAAGGGCAUCGUGGAUGUUAACAAGAUGAACAUGGCAUUAUAUGUUAACCAUACUAUGAACUUUCAAAACAUACCAGAGAAAAAUAGCCGGAGGUCUGAUCUUGUUCUUGAGCUGAAGAGAAUUUUUGAAGAGCUGUCGAUUAAGUACAACUUGCUGCCUCAAGAAGUUCUCCUCAGUUACACUGGCUCAACUCCAUUGCCGAUGGCCAUCACCCAAAGCUUAGUCUGAAAGAUCAUGAUGGACAUUGUGAACCCUUGACACAAGAAUUUGGUAUGAGGAUCCAUUGCUUUGAUUCCUUUGGGGGAAUUUGAUAAGUUGCGUUUGAGUGAGUUUUCUGUUGGGUGAGGCCAAAUCCUGAUUGAAUGGUGGAUGGAACUUCUGAAUGUUGUAUGUUGUAAUUGACACUGAUUCCAUUUUGGAACAUUACUAUGUACUAGGGUUCAGAUAUUCAAUUACUGCACUUAGUCUC